GCGGGACUGUUUGGGGAAGUCUUUUGAAGCAACUCCCUUGCUGCCACUUUUGGGGCAACUCUAGCCUCCUCAUAUUUGGCCAGAUAGAACAGUUCCAAGCUGUAAAUGUUUCCAGGAAAAAAAUCUCAACUACAAAGACAUUUUCAAGGUGCUGCAUUUCCAACAGCACUCUCCGUAUCCGAGUGGACGGCCCAGAGCAAUGGUGCUUCCAAUCCACAGAGCCCCUCCACAGGUCUCUUGCUAUCUGCACACACCCACAUCUCAAGGUUGCUCUGGCUAGAACUUCUGCAGUGCAGCUUUGAGAAGGCUGAGGUGUUGAGUCUGGGGCAUGCUAGAAAGAUCCAUGUAACAGGAAGAAAGUGGCAGCCCAGGUCCAUGCCUGAGUCUCCUGGUGAGACACGGAAUCCUCCCAGCAGACUGAAGUGACCAGAAAUGCCCUGAAAGAGGGUGGCACUGCCUUUGCUUCCAGUCUGAAGUCUGCACCUCGCUGAGCUUACUGUCGGUGUCUCUCCCACCCUCUCUCAGCCUUUGCUUCCAGUCUGCAGUCUGCACCUCGCUGAGCUUACUGUCGGUCUCUCUCCCACCCUCUCUCAGCCUUUGCUUCCAGUCUGCAGUCUGCACCUCGCUGAGCUUUACUCUCCGUGUCUCCCCCACCUUGUCUCAGGCGCUGCACAAUAGAGGUUCAGAAGCUGAUUGGACCUGAGCUGGUACCGGGACUGGGAACAAAAAGAGACAGAAACUUGUGAACGUGACCCAGCAAUAAGGGGUCGGGGAAGGUGAGCAGAGACUCCAGGUUCUGUGAAUGGGGUCCACGGAGUAAGUGGAUUGUGUCCAAGAUGAAUUAGAAUGUCUUGAGAUGAACCUAUCCUGGAUGCUUUGGAAAUAGCUAGGGAGAGCAACAGAAGCUACAAGUGAGUCUGGUUAUGACACAGGACUCUUUCGGUGCCACUUUGCCAGCCAGAUACCUCCACGGCCGGCAACGCCCCUGCCCAGGGCCUCAUGGCUCCAGGCUAUUCGAGGUACCUGCCCACUCAACCCGGUGGGCUGUGCGUGGCUUGUGCUUUGGGCUGGAUCCCACGCUCGCCAUGGGAUCUGCACUCGGACUGCAGCUGGGCCGGGCAUGCCAUGACCUGCUUCCACCUUGGGCGCCGACGUCUGGAUGAGAGGAACGUGGUGGCGCCUGAAAAACUGGAGACACCAGAAACCCUGGAUCCCCAAAGGAAGUGUUAUUCCCGCUGUCCAUGCUGUGGGUGUGAAGGUGCGUGCUGCACAUCCCGGUUUCCAGCACGGGACAAAGACUCAGAGAGGCACCUGCCGGGAGUCUCAGGUGAUGGGACCCAGUGGCAGGCAUGUGGGCAGCUGCCCCAGGUGGAAGAGAUCUUGGCACAGCUCUCGGUUUCCCAGGUGGAAGGGAUCGUGGCACAGCCCUCGGUUCCCCAGGUGGAAGGGAUCGUGGCACAGCCCUCGGUUCCCCAGGUGGAAGGGAUCGUGGCACAGCCCUCGGUUCCCCAGGUGGAAGGGAUCGUGGCACAGCCCUCGGUUCCCCAGGUGGAAGGGAUCGUGGCACAGCUCUCGGUUUCCCAGGUGGAAGGGAUCGUGGCACAGCUCUCGGUUUCCCAGGUGGAAGGGAUCGUGGCACAGCUCUUGGUUCCCAGGCUGGCCCUGACCUUCGUGCUUUCCUGCCCAUGGCCCAGACUUCCGAGCUCCAUGUUAGGGAUGCUCAGGGACAACCCUUCAGCCUCCCCCACCAUGUUCCGGCUACUGCCCAGGAUUCUUGUUCGCUGGAGGAUGGAUCCAGCCCUCCCCAUCUUGGUGCCCUACCAGGGCCAGGCUUCCCGUGGCUCUUUCUGCAGCCCCUGGCACGGACUGUGGGGUGCAUAGCCCAGGGAGCAGUGGGCCUUGGAUGGGCCAGGUCUGCAUGUUCCCACCCCCAUCAUGGAGUUUGACACACCAGUGGGCAGGUAACUCAAUCCCCCCUCACCUUCUCUUCAUCUGUUAGGGGUGACAAGGUGCUCCCAGUGGGGCCAAGAGGAUGCAGCACCCCCACCGGCUCCCCUUCUGGCCACACCCUUCUCUCCUGGCCCACCUUCUGAGCUGGCAGGGCUUCCUUCCUGGCUUCUGCUGGGCAGUGUAUUAGGGUCCUCUAGAGAGACAAAACCAAUAAUGGAGUUUAGGAGAGGGGAUUUUUAUUUGUUGGAGACAGAGUCUUGCCCUGUCAUCCAGGCUGGAGUGCAGUGGCUCGAUCUCGGCUCACUGCAACCUCUACCUCCCAGGUUGAAGUGAUUCUCCUGCCUCAGCCUCCCGAGUAUCUGGGAUUACAGGCACCCAGCACCACACCCAGCUAAUUUUUGUAUUUUUAGUAGAGACGGGGUCUCACCAUGUUGGCCGGGCUGGUCUCGAACUCCUGACCUCAGGUGAUCCGCCUACCUCCUCUGCCUCCCAAAAUGCUGAGGUUACAGGCAGGAGGUACUGCGCCCAGCCAGGAGAGGGGAUUUAUUAGGGGAACUGGCCCAUACACUUAUGGAGGCUGAGAAGUCCUCCCAUAGGCUGUCUGCAAGCUGGAGACCUAGAGAAGCCAUUAGUGAGGCUCAGUCCAGGUAAGAAGGCGGUUGAACCAAGGAAGCCAGUGGUGUAACUCUCAUUCUGAGGCUGACUGGCCGAGAGCCCUGGGAGGCCUCUGUGGCAAGCCUGAGUCCAAAGGCUGAAGAAACUGGAGUCCUGAUGUCCAAGGGCAGGAGAUGGGUGUCUCCCUCCAGAAAAGAGAAUUUGCUUCUCUUCUCCCUUUGUGUUCCAUCUGGGCCCCCAACCAAGUGGAUGUGCCUGCCCACGCUGAGAGCAGAUCUUCACUGAGUCCACUGAAAACAUCCUCACACACUCAGAAACAAUGCUUCGCCAGCUGCCAGGUGCAGUGUGUGUGCCUUAGUCCCAGCUACUCAGGAGGCUAAGGUGGGAGAAACACGAGCCUGGGAGCUGGAGGCUACAGUAAGCCAUGAUUGUGCCAUUGCACUCCAGGCUGGCUGACAGAGAGAUCCUGUCUCAAAAAAAGAGAUAGAUAGAUAGAGCUCCACCAGCCAUCUAGGCUUUUUUU